AUGAGGGUCCUCCAGGCCGGUUGCACCGCUCUCGAGGCCGUUGAGGCGGCAAUCAAAGUUCUUGAGGACAAGGAGAUCGCCAAUGCGGGCUUCGGAAGCAACCUUGCCAUUGAUGGUACCGUGGAGUGUGACGCAACCAUCGUUGAUCACCUGGGCCGCAGCGGUGCCGUGGGAGCCGUAUCAAACAUCAAGAACCCUGUCUCGCUAGCCAGUCUUGUACUUGAGCAUAGUCGAAGACCUCUGUCAUUGCGCCGAGUGCCACCCAACUUGCUCGUUGGCGAAGGCGCCAGGGACUUUGCUACUGAACACGGCAUGCCACUCGUUCCCAACUCAUGGCUGGUGUCCAGGGACGCGAGAGACCGGUAUUUGAAGUGGGAGCAGGAUCUCAAGCGAGCUGAAGCGUCGGGAAUAUCGUCCUCACCUCCAGCUUCUGGUGCUACAACCUCGUCUACUACACCAAACAGUGGAGAGCAGGACGCACACCCAGGGGCAUACCGAGACCAUGCGAAGGCUGUUCAGACUGGCGUGUGGAACGAAGGACAAGUCGACUCUCCAUCCUUAGGCUCCGCCCGCGGGAGCCAACCGACGAGUUCUCAGGCCUCGCCACUGCCAUCACCAGGACGAUCAAGCAUCGGUCGUCCGCCGCGUGUCAUCACGGGCAAUAUUGACAAGUCUCCGGAGCACUCACAUGGCCAUCUUCCAGCAGGAAAUCAUGGUGGUGAUGCAGCAUGCGACCUCCCCACAAUCACCUCUGACAGCGACGAGCCCCUGCAUGUGGACACAGCAGAAGAAGUCGCGCAAGACUUGAUCACAGACACUGUGGGAGCGAUUGCCAUUGACCAAGACGGCCGUAUCGCCGCUGCGUCUUCCUCCGGCGGCAUCGGUAUGAAGCACCGGGGCCGAGUUGGCCCUGCAGCACUUGUUGGUGUCGGCACAUCUGUCAUCCCGCAAGACGACUCUGACGAAGAAGGGGUCAGUGUAGCGGCGGUGACCAGUGGCACAGGAGAACACAUGGCAACGACUAUGGCCUCGCAGAAAUGCGCGGAACGACUAUAUCAGUGGACUCGCCGUGGCGAAGGCGGCGCUGAUGUUGCUGCGGAUGACGAGGCGACCAUCCUUGACAGCUUCAUCUGUGAAGAUUUCCAAAAGCAUCCAGGUGUGCGAAACUCAACUUCGGCAGGAGCAAUUGGAGUGAUGGCAGUGAAAAAGAGCAAGUCCGGAUUCUAUCUCUACUUCGCCCACAAUACCGACUCCUUCGCGCUCGCAUCCAUGGCCUCUACGGACCGAGAGCCAUUGUGUGUCAUGUCACGGCUCAGGGAGAACAAUUAUGGCGUAUCGCAAGGUGCUCGCAAGAUUCACAUCAAGUGA